CGGAACUAACGUGUAAAUACACAGCAGUCUACGUGAGUAGCGGUCGCAACAGUGUGAAAAAUUCUCACCGCAUUGUAGAUAGCUUUCUGAAAAAAAAAAAAAAAGCCCUGCUGUAAAUAUUGGGAGUAGUGAAGCAGAUAUGUAAUUAGAAGUGAAUUUUUUAUCUUGGACCCUACUGAAUUUUUCAGUAAGGCGCGGACGUAAACAUAGGCAUUUCUACCAGUCUUUUUCCUACCACAAUCAGAUUUUAUGCUUUCACGUGCAAUAGCUUCGUCAGCCCACAACCAAAUUGUUGCCUUUCAACCUAACCUGUACCUGGACCUCAUGCGGCACUACAGAUCAUCCUGUUUCCACAACCAAUGCUUCAGAGAGAGAGAGAGAGAGAGAGAGAGCCAAAGGAUCUGGCUUCUGCAGAGAUCAGGGCAAGUUAACUUAUAUGGUUUGAAAAAAUGGAUCGUGGGAAAACAACAGAAGAAAUAGAUUCAUCAGUGGCUGAAUUAUUCAACUUGAUGAAUGAUACUUUCACAUGCUGCAUGAGGAACUAUCAAGCCUUACUGCCAUACCUUGAGAAAAAGAAUACAAGACCCAAAAUAUAUCAAAAAUUAGUGCAUGUUAAUAUAAUGCUGAACAAGUUGAAUGAAGAACUUGUUGGACUUAGAGUUGAAUAUGUAACUGUGUCGUCACAUGAACUAGAAAGUGAGGCCAUUGUGUCUGAAAGAGGUAGGAAAAGAAAAACAUCUGAUGAGUCCAUGGUAGGCAGACCUGAGACCAAAAGUAUAAAAACAGAAGUACCAUUAUCCAGUAGCACUAAGUAUUCCUCAGAGAAUUUUGUAUCAAAAGAAACUGAAGAAACAAGAUAUACCCAGGUGCAGAAGACUGACACACACAGGAUGGAAAGUAUAAAAACAGAAGUACAAGAUUCCAGUGAAGUUGAAGAUUUACCUGUUUUCCCCAUUAUUAAUAGUGAGAAUCCUACAUCUCAGGCAUCACUUGAUACUAGAGAUAAUAGAGUGACUGUUUGUUUUGAUGGUGGUGAGGACAGUGCAUCUGUGGCAGAUAGGCUUGUGAGGAUUAAUACAUAUUUUAAACCCAUUGAUACAAUUACUCAGACAAAAAAUAACGAAAUGUGUCUUCCAUUGCAAAAUUCCAAAAGUGAGACUAGAGAUCAAGAGAAAUAUGAAGACAUUGGCAAACUUCUUAGUAAAGAUCAUAAUACUCACAGAGAACUGGAAAGAGAAGUUGGCUGUGCCACUUCUUUCUCUUACCAGGCAGAAAGACCUUUCAACAAUAAAGAACCACCUGUUCCUUUCACUGCUUGUGAUAAGGAAUCUGAUAUGUUGAUGGAAAGGAGAGCAAACAGUUGGAACGAGGUAGAGAAAAGAGCUCAUUCUCCUAUAAGAUAUGAAAAAGAUUGUGUACCUGUUCAGAGGUCAGUGGAACUGUUUAGUCCAGGACAUGAACUUUAUGGUGUGAUAAGGUACGAGAAUCGGAAAUUGAAAUGCAUGUUGUGUGAUCGUGAACUUGCCAAUUACAAGGUAGUGUAUGAGCAUGUGAAUGGGAAAAGGCAUCAACGGAAACAAGCUCCCAAGAAAAACAGCUGUGCUAAAAAGCCUGAUGUUUCAAAUAAUAGCUCUGUAAGUACAACACCUGCUUCUGUGUGUGCUACUGUUCCCUGCUCACUUGCUGAUAGUGUUGCUAUUGUGGACAAAAGUUAUCAGUUAGAAGUAAUGGAACACACAGUCAGAUUAGACGAUAUGUGGAAAUAUUUUUCUGCACCACUUCAAAUCAAUAGAAAAUAUUUCUCGAUUAAUUCCGAUGAAGUGAUCUGCUCUCUUUGUAAUCAACGUGUAGAAGAACGUGUACGCAGUGUAAAGAUACAUAUUGUAAAAUGUAGUCAUCUGAAACGGAUAAAAAGAUUAAGAAGCUUAGAAACUGCUUGGAAGUCCUCGAAUCAACAAAUGUUGAAAGUAGCGGGCAUUCUAGAUGGCUGUAUUCCUAAGACUCAGUUUACUUUGCAAAAUGAUGGGAUUUUUUGUAGAGUGUGUCAAUGUUUUUGUGAAAAUCAUACUGUAUUAAAUCAUUUGACGAGUCAAAUGCACUACAGAAAGUCACACAAAAUGGAAUAAAUAUAAUAUAAGAAAACAGAAACAGUAAAUGGCAAGAAUCUGUGCAGUUAUAACAUGUUAUUUUUAAUGUAAUUAUAUUAUUUCCUUUGGUUUUAUGUUAAGAUUCAUUGGUUAAGGCAUCAGGGCAGAGAUUUGAGAAAAUAGAUAGAACAAAUGGCACUUAAUUAAAGAACUAUUGAUGAGGAGAUAUAAAGGAUUUUCAGUCUAAGCUCAUAGACAACAGUUUUUAACAUAUUUGGUCCAAUUCAUCUUGAAUAUAUUAUGUUUAAAUGGCUCUUCCCUUGCCCCAUAGUUUUUAAGUGCAUGUUAUUCUUUGUUGGGUAGUUUAAGUUAAUUUUUAUUUAACUGCUUUUAUGUCUCAUUGAUCAUACGUAAGACAAUUUGUUAUAUGAGUUACAUCAGGUGUUGAGGUAACCUUUUCUCUUGCUGGUGCACCUACACACCAGUCGACUAUUCAAGCAUCUUGUAUGUAUAACUGUUUUGUUUAUCUAUUCCACAUUCUGUUAUUGAAGAGAGGAGUUGCUGAAUAGGAAUGCUUUUAUUAUUUUUGUUAAGUUAUUUGUUUAUUUAUUUAAUUUUAAAGUGGAAAAACUUGAAAUUAGUAGGCAGGUGAAGUACUAGGGCUGUUGAAGAAAUGUCUGAUCUUACUUUUUUAAUGUUGAAAAGAAGACUGUUAUCAGGGUUUACAUUCUCUCUAUGUGUGCAGGCAUAUGUAAUGCAGAUGCCGCCACCCCCCCCCCCCCCCCUCCACCCCUUCCACUACCACAGAAACAACUGGUCACUGGUUAGCUGUUGAUAAGUGAACUGGUGUAAGUAAUAGUUGUAGGAUUUUAAUUGUGGGCAGAAUGGCAGAAAAAGGGGAAGAAAUUUGCAUCAAAUUUUGUUUUAAGUUUGACGAUUCUCUGAUAGAUACAAUCUGCAAGAUUCAAAAAGUGUUUGGGGGCAAAGCAAUGGGUACCACAUAGGUAAAGGAGUAACUACUUCAAAGACGAUGGCCAUCAGUGAAGAGUGAAGCAUGUUCAUGUAGGCCCUCAACACCUGCAAGAGGUUAUUAAUAAUCACGUAAGGACCCUGGUGAUGCAGGAUAGAUGCAUCAUGAUCAGAGCACUUGCAGACAAGGUUAAAAUUAGUAUUGGAUCAAUUCAGUCCAUUUUAAUGGAAUAUUUAUAUCUCAGAAUACUCUCGGCACAAUGUGUGCCGAAAUUGCUAAGAACUGAGCAGAAGCAACUUUAUUUGGAGAUUGCACAUGGCAUGCUGGAUACUGUGAACAUUAAUAUCCAACGUUCUUAACACAGUGGUCACUGGUGAUGCAUUCUAGGUUCAUAGGUAUGACCAAGAAACUAAGUUCCAGUCAUAGCAAUGGAAGCAUCCACUGUCCCUAAGACCCAAAAAAGUGAGGCAGGUCUGCAGCAAUGUGAAAGUCACGUUGACCAGCUUCUUUGACUCCAGUGGCCUGGUCCAUAACAAGUUCAACCUAGAAGUACUAAUGUCAAUAAGGAGUAGUACAAGGAGGUUUUGCUUCGCCUUCGUGUAGCAGUGAGAUGCAAACGGCCGGACUUGUGCGGAGCGGGCAGUUUAAACCUCCAACACAAUAAUGCACCCACUCAUCAUUCUCAAAUAAUUCAAGUGUUUUGGCCAAACACAACAUGGCUGUGGCCGUCAGCCUCCAUGUUCCCCUGAACUAGCAUCUAGUGACUUCUGGCUUUUCCUAAACUGAAAAAGUCCCCAAUAAAGUGACCAGAUUUCAGAACAAGGAAGACAUUACACAGAAUUCGAUGGAGCAGCUGCGCAACAUACUAAAAGAGGGUUUCCAGCAGUGCUUCCAGCAGUGGCAGCAGUGUUAGGAGAGGUAUGUACAAGGUGAAGGGGACUGCUUUGAAUGUGAC